AUGAUUAAGUUAAACUGUGUUUCUCUUGACAACUUUAUGAAGGAGUUUACUCUAAUAGAACAGAAAAUCACAGGAAUGAAUGCCAAAAACAACAUGUUGGAGAUCAUGCUGGAGGAUGUCAACAGAGUCCUGAAAUUCUCUCAGAACAAGGAGAAAAGUCUGAUUGAAGAAAGAGACGGCCUCCUGGUAACAGUCAGCAGACUCCAUCAGACUGUGCAGGAUCAGUGUAACCUCAGAGCGGAGAAUGAAAGACUGAAGAAGGAUGUGGCAGACCUGAAACGGCAGAAUGACAAAAUAGCCGAGGACAAACAGGCUGAGAUUCAGCUGCUCCUGAAUGACAUGAGAGCAGAAGAGCAGAGCCAUAGGAGGGUGCUAGAGACCUUGAAAGAGCAGUCCAGGAGAGAAGUUGAGGAGUCCCGCAGGGAGGCUUUAAAUUGGUUGGAAGAUAAAGAUGCUGAAGUAAAGCAGCUGUUGGAGAAGAAAGAUGCAGAUCUGGAGGUGAUAAAGAAGAGGCUGAAGGAGCAAGAACGGGAGAGACAGAGCGAGCUCCUGAAAUUACAGAUGGAGUUUGGUGCAAAGUUAGCCAGAGUUGAGAAUACAGCCCAGUGGAACCACCAGCAGCAGCAACAGCAGCAGCACGGUUCCAACCUUCUACCACAGAAUGUCUUCAGGAGGAAGCUUCAGUUCUUCCAGGAGGAGAAGAACAAGGAGAUUGUGGCUCUGCGUCAGAGAAUUAAAGAACUGGAAGAAAAUCAGCGUGUCAACAGCCUCAGUGACAACCGCCUUAAGAAGAGGAAAAUCUAGUUAUCACAAAUUUACAAUCCUUCCAUUUCUAACAAGCUAACUACAGUUCAUGCAACUUGUAAACAAAUGAGUUCU